UAAUUUUGUAAAUUAUUGUAAGCACGUCCAGCUGUGAAAUCAACACUCCUAUUUGAAUCGUGUAUAGUUUCCCAAGAACUGCUGUACCUACGGUGGUGAAGUGACGUCAAAGAGUCCAACCAGAUGCUUCUCACCGCCGAUUCACACACGGCCUCAGAUAUCAAUCUGAUUGCUCGAUUUCUCGCCCACGAACAAAUUCAAAAUCUACCAUCUCACCCUCCGGUUGAUUGCAUUAUCAUAUGUGCCUCGGCAGUUCUUUAUCAAGCAGAAAUGCUCUUCCGAGCCCUAGAAUCGCGACCUGAUCUCGCCAAAACAGUCGUUCUCUGUGGAGGUAUUGGUCAUUCCACCCCACUUAUCUACGAAGCCGUCGCCAAAAGCACGAAGUACCAUGCUUUCGCUGUAGAAGUUGUUGGCUUACCUGAAGCUCGCGUCUUGGAGAAGAUUUUGCAACGAUACUUCGGCGUUUCUGCCAUCACCAGAGCCGGGAGCGAAGUUCUGAUCGAAGACAAGUCGACCAAUUGCGGUGCCAACGCCUUACAAUCGAGGAAAGUGCUCGAAGCAGCUGGUGUGCCUACGCCAAGAACGUGCAUCAUCAUUCAAGAUCCCACCAUGGCGUUGAGAACUGUCACAUCUUUCCAAAAGACAUAUAGUGACUUGGAAACUCCACCAAAGUUUCUCAGCUGUCCUGUUUUUGUCCCGCAGGUGCAAGUGAUGGCUUCAGAAUUCCAGUACUUGGUUGGGGGAGUAUCAGGGUCUGAGCUGUGGCAGGCGGGCCGUUUCUUUGACCUGAUCAUGGGUGAAAUUCCUAGGCUGAGGGACAAUGAAGCGGGGUAUGGACCCAAGGGCAAGGGUUUCAUUACUCAUGUCGAUAUCUCUGAAGAGGUUGAGAAUGCAUGGCAAAGACUGGAGAAUGUUUUGGGCAAUCGCCGAUGAAGAAUCGAUCAGAUGGUUGAACCUUUGCAACUUUGUAGUUGGUGUAACGUCGUUAGAAAUCUGAACCGAUGCCUUCUCUUCGUAUCUCUUUUUCUCUCGGAGACAGCGUCUGCAG